GGCGGCGAUUAGACAGGCGGCCGCUCGGGGCUUCGUUACCGCCAAAGACGCACAGGCGCACGCAUACCCUUUGAAGGUCGGUGUAAGACCAUCCAGAGUGAUUUGGCUUCUGGUCUGAAAGAUAGUCGUCGAACUCCAGCCGGAUAAUACUGUUCAGGAAAUACCGAGGAUGGAGACACAAAAAACUGACACUGAGAAACACGGAGCAGCUGCUGGCACAAACCCUGCCAUGUCUUCAUGUCGAAAGAUGAAGAAAGAUGAUGCCUCUUUUUUGGAGGAUGUGAAAGAUCACAUUGAUGAGUUCAUUAAUGCGUCUAUGGAUGAACACAAAAAUUGCUUUAAGAAGUCCAUCAAGAAGAUGUUUGGAAUGUCAAAAAUUGUUGCAGAAAGAAAUGCCAAUGCUAAAGAAGUUGAGAGUUCUCUUCCGCUUCAAACAACUGUUGCAGACUGAAGUCUCUUCCUCCUCUCCUCUCCUGGUAGCUACAUCUUAUUCUAGAAGCAUGUUGUUUAUCUUGGAUAUGAUUAGAAUUUUGUAUCCCAUGACAAUGCUACAGUUACUAUUUGAAAUUGAAACUUUGGAUGGAUUUUUAAAUAAUGAAAGUAAUGCUUAUUUGAGCUAUGUGGUUUUAGGA